UCCUCCUUGCAGUUUGAAACUGUCAGGUUGGUACUAAGGUAGCAGCUGGGCUUGCUGUGGUUUCAGCGGCGACGCAGCGAGGAAACCAGAGUGCGGCAUCGGGAUCUGGUGGAGCGCCCAGGCAGUUGCGUAGUGGCGCCCCGGCGGGCCCCGCAUCGCUGGCCGAGUAUUUUUGCAGAAUGUCAUCAGAUGAGGACAAAUCCUCACUUCCAGUUGUACAAAAUGACUCUGAUCCAGGCAGUUCUGUCUCUACAGACCUUCAGGAAGAAUAUGAAGAACUACUUCGUUAUGCUAUAGUGACUCCAAAUAUCGAAUCUAGUGCAUUACAAACAUCUCAUCCUAAGGGAGAAGUGGUACCAGAUGUUAGAAUUCCUACUACAACUGAUAAUAGUCUUCAUAAUCAAGCAGGAAAUAGCCCUGCAGUAAGAGAAACUGCAAUGGAAGUUGGAAAAGGAUGUGAUUUAAAUAUUUCCACUCAUUCAAAGAUAGAUGGAUCAUCACCAGUGUUGUCACCAAGGAAGUCUUCUCACCCAGUCAUGGAUUUUUUCAGUUCACAUCUUCUAGGUGACUCUUCCUCAUCAGUGUCUAAUUCUACUCAUACAGAUGCCCAUGAAAUAGCUCUGGGCGACAGUCUUGUUUUUGAUGAAAACCUUCAGAAGAUGGAAAAUAUACUUGAUUUUUGGAGUUCAAGUCUUAAGACAAACAUUUUAUCUGAACUAAGUAAAUGGAGACUUAAUUUUAUUGACUGGCACAGAAUGGAAAUGAAAAAAGAGAAAGAAAAGCAUGCAGCCCAUGUAAAACAACUAUACAACCAGAUCAAUGACUUGAAGGAGCUGCAAAAAACCUUUGAAGUUUCCAUUGGGAGAAAAGACGAGGUGAUUUCCAGCUUGUCUCAUGCCAUAGGCAAGCAAAAGGAAAGAAUAGAGUUGAUGAGAACAUUCUUUCACUGGCGAAUUGGUCAUGUCAGCUCCAGACAGGAUGUUUAUGAAUGUAAACUAGCUGAUCAGUACUUCCAAAGAACUUUACUAAAAAAAACCUGGAAGGGCUGGCGAUCCAUAAUACAAAGACAGUGGAAAGAGGUGGUAGAACGAGCUUGUCAAGCAAGAGCUGAAGAAGUUUGUGUUCAGAUUUCCAAUGAUUAUGAAGCCAAAGUUGCUAUGUUAUCUGGAGCUUUGGAAAAUGCAAAAACUGAGAUUCAAAGAAUGCAACAUGACAAAGAGCACUUUGAAGAUUCCAUGAAGAAAGCUUUCAUGAGGGGGGUGUGCGCAUUAAAUCUUGAAGCCAUGACUAUGUUUCAAAAUAGAAAUGAUACAGGGAUAGAGUUCACAAAUAAUAAAAAAGAAGAAUACGGCCCUGUUGUUCAAGGAAAAGAACACUGUAUUCAUUCGGAUUCUUCAAUGCCCUCAAUACCUCCAAUGCCCUCAGCAGUACCAUUGCAUCUGCUGCAGUCCUCACCAGCAGUGACAGUCGGAACGGCCAGCGCCACUGCAGUUCCUUCUGCUGUGUCCAUGACUUCUGCUGGGGCUGCAUCUGCUUCUGCUGGGGCUGCAUCUGCUUCUUCUGUUCAGGUUCAUGUUCCAGUCUCUGUUCUUGGUGCAGGAUCCUCAAUUACUACUACAUCUGAAGAGAUGACAUCUUCGUAUAUUAAAGAAAAUUAUGUUCCAAGAGUUGUAACUUCAGCACAUCAGAGAGCUGGAAGAACAAUUACAGCCCGGAUCACAGGGAGAUGUGAUUUUGCUUCAAAAAAUAGAAUUAAUAGCAGUUUAGCUAUAAUGGGAGUUUCUCCUCCUAUGAGCUCAGUUAUUGUGGAAAAACAUCAUCCAGUCACAGUGCAAACCAUUCCUCAAGCAUCAGCUGCAAAAUAUUCACGCUCCAUUCAUCCUGAAGGUAAUACCUCAGCUUCCAGAUCUCUUGGAACCAGAUCUACCCACGGAACCCAGUCUCUCACAAGUGUUCAGUCCAUUAAAGUGGUUGACUAAAGUGAAUAUGUUCACAACGAGGUCCUUUAAUUCCUCUGGUAAGGACUGUACCAAGAAUUACAAGUCUUUAGUUUUCAACAUUUCUGAACUGUGGAUACAUCAUGUUCAUCUUUUCAAAAUUAUAAGAGACUUUUUCGAGAUAUUCCAUCCUUUGUAACUAUAUUGUAGAAAUUAUUUUAAUGUUAUUUUUAUUUAAGCAAUUAAGUAAAACUUUUUUAAAUUAAAAAAGAAACUUCAUUUUCUAAUAUGUUCAGCCUAUCACUAAUUAUAUCAUCAUUACAUAACUUUUUUCUCUAUUAUUUCUAAAAAAAAAACUAAAUCAUUUCCAAUGUUACUGAACAAUAAUUUAUAUAAAACUUUGAGAGGGAACUUUACUGAAAACAUUAGAACUAAUAGAAACUAAGCUAUUUUUACUUUUACUUAAUUUAUUUAUUUUUAUGUGGUGCUGAGGAUCAAACCCAGUGCCUCACAUGUGCUAGGCAUGUGCUGUACAACUGAACCACAACCCCAGCCCCUAUUUUUACUUUUAAAUAAUUUUAAAAAGAUUAAGACCAAGAAUAAUAAUGUUUUUCUCAUAAAGCUUUUUGUGAUUUUGCUGUAUUAGUCUUCAUCUUUCUAGGACUCUUAACAGUUACAAACAGAGGGAAUGGCAACACUUAUGAGUAAUUUUUCAUGUUAAAAGGAAAAAACAUAAUAUUAGUACAAAAGUAGAGUUAUAUAAAUAUCAAAAAGAAAUUUCCUAUUGGAAUUGUUAGGUAUCCAGUCAGCCAUGAAUGGAUGAGCAGGGAAAGGACAAUGAAGGCUGAAUGAAAACUGUGGGGAGCCUUAUCUGACAGGCAGGCACCUGGAAGAUGGGGGUCUGGAACAUUAAAACCUCCUCCAGUCAUAAUUACAUUCCCUUAAGAAAAACUGUGUUCCAAGAUCAGGUCACACCCGACCAGGUGACCUGGACCCUCUCUUAUCAACCCCCAGUCACGCUGGCAAUCAGAAUAUCAAGACCCUCCAUUUCCUGCCCCCCCUUAAUUGGAUAAUAAACCAAUUAAGGGGGGGCAGGAAAUGGAGGCAGAAGUAGGGGGACUCAAUUUCCUUAAUUCCAAUUUUGUGAGCACCACACCCUCUUCUCUGCAGGCAUCCCUGCUAUGCUAUCAGUCAAGUCAAGUGGUAGACCUCAGUGGGACCCUGGAAACUUCCCUGGGCUCCCCAAUAAAACUGAAAGGCAGGACAGGAAGGCCAUCCUCCUUUCUGAGAGAAUCCACUGUUUUCCUUGAGAGUAUGCCCUUUUCCCCUUUUCUAUCCCUUUCAAUAAGUUCAUGCCUGUUACUCUGAGCCACAUGUCUGAAAUCUUUCUGGCGUGAUUGCAACAAUCAGGGUAAAGAGGGGGCCUCUAUGGUUGCUUUAGCUUCACAGCUGGCCAGUGCCUGUUUUUCAUGUUCUUUCCUGCCUGAUUGAAACUACAGCACUGAACCAGUGUUUCUCUCUGAACUUACAAACUCUUGUCCUAUAGUGGUGUAGCCUUGGGCAACUAGCAAACCUGCCAGCCCUGGGCAGAAAUGCUUUGGUGGUUGACCAAUAUGAAGAAAACAUCUGGGCAGAACUGAUUUAGGAGAAAAAGACCUGGCUUCUCAAUGGCUUUAUUACUGGCUGUGUUAUCUUGGGCUAGACAAUAUAUUAAUAUAAAGAAAUCUCAGAAUCCUCCUCUACCUACCAUACUUAUUUCCCUUCACACAUAAAAAUUAGUUUGUUCUGAAGAAUCCGAGUAGGGCUCCAAUUUCCCCAUCUUUAACAGAAAUGGAUGGAUUUAAUAAUCUGAAACCUCCUCUUCUAGUUUGAACAUGAUCUGGUUCUAUUCUGUAACUUUAUUGUAGGAAAUAGUUCUCUUGAUACCUCACAUUAAGAGAACAUCAGAGAACAAAACUGAUAUAGGCAAACAAUUCCUAUUUUCUAAUGGAACACCUUAAGGUUUUUCUGAAUUACAGAAGUAUCAAGCUAAUUCUUAAUGUGUAUUAGAUACUUAAGCAACACCUGUUCUGGGUUCUGGCCCAGUUCUUACUGUAAACAGCUUCACUCAGCAUGGGCUUCAAAAGGCUAUGUGUGCCCAAAGCAGCAGCACCUUAUCUCACAUCCUUUUUGUGGACGUGUCUUCCCCAGGGCUUCCCUGUUGACUACCCAGAGAUCCAGGAGAAACAAGCCUCCUCUUAUCCCAGUCCUAUGACCCACAGAUCAAUUCUUCCUCCUUCCUCCCUUGUAUGAAUUAUCCUGAGAUGCACAAGUCCAUUCCACCUCUUGGAAUAAGAGUAUCCUCAAACUCAAAUAAUUUGUGAAACUUGAUAGCAAGUAAUAGCCAUUUUAGUAACACCUCAUCUAGAUUCUCCUCCUUCCCCAGAUCUUUUCCUCCAUUCCUGCUCCCCUAGAUUGACACUGCUGAAAAAAAGGUGUUUUACAAAAACCUUUGUCUUAGGUUUUACAAAAACCUUUGUCUUACCUUCUGAGGAACUUAAGACUGCAACUAGGAUGGAGCUUAGUAUCCAAGCCAAAGCCAUAGGGACAAACUAAAGCAAAUAUUAAUGAGUGUUAUACUUAAGAAUAUUGGACAAACCCAAAGACAACAUCAUGGUGAAUAAGGAAAAACCAAGAGCAUUUCCUUUAAAAUCUGGAACAAGACAAGGAUGUUCACUCUCACCACUUCUAUUCAAUAUACUACUAGAAAUACUACCCAGAGCAAUUAGGUAAGAUAAGGAAAGGAUAAAAAUAGGAAAGAAGUCAAAUUAUCAUUGUUUACAUAUGAUAUCCUAUACUUAGAAGAUCAAAAGACUCCACCAAAAGACUGGUAGAGCUAAUAAAUUUCACAAGUAACAAGUUACAAAAUUAACAUACAAAAAUCAAUAGCUUUGCCAUACAAAAAUAAUGAAUCUGCUGAGAAAGAAAUUAGGAAAACUAUCCCAUUCACAAUAGCUUAAAAAAGAAAAACUCUAGCA